UUCGGCCAUUUUCCUCGUCCCACGCACUUUGCAAAAACUCUUCUCCUUCUUCUUCUUCUUCAUCAUCUCUCUCUCUCUCCGUGGCGUCCGGUUGGUGUGCAGAACCAAGGAGAGGACGCAGUUAUGGGGACUCAAGCUCCGGCCGAUCAUACCUACGAUCGCCAGCACAGCGUCGAAGAAAAAUCGGAGAAUCAGAAGGCGAUUGACGAAUGGCUACCAAUUACUUCCUCAAGAAACGCGAAAUGGUGGUACUCAACUUUUCACAAUGUCACGGCCAUGGUUGGAGCUGGCGUGCUUGGCCUCCCGUACGCCAUGGCUGAGCUUGGGUGGGGUCCUGGCGUGGCGGUGAUGGUCUUGUCCUGGAUUAUCACCCUCUACACAUUGUGGCAAAUGGUCGAGAUGCACGAGAUGGUUCCCGGAAAGCGGUUUGAUAGGUACCACGAGCUGGGCCAACACGCAUUCGGCGAAAAACUCGGCCUCUACGUUGUGGUUCCUCAGCAACUCAUCGUCGAGGUUGGAGUGAACAUUCUCUACAUGGUGACCGGAGGCAAGUCCCUGCAAAAGUUCCACGAUACGGUUUGCACGAGCUGUGCGAAGAUCAAGACGACUUACUUCAUCAUGAUAUUCGCUUCCGUUCACUUUGUUCUCUCCCACCUCCCCAACUUCAACUCCAUCGCCGGCGUCUCCUUGGCUGCUGCCGUCAUGUCUUUGAGCUACUCCACUAUUGCUUGGACAGCAGCGCUCCACAAGGGUGUUCAGCCUGACGUACAAUAUGGUUACCGAGCGAAGUCGGUGGCGGGAACGGUAUUCGACUUCUUCAGUGCAUUGGGCAGUGUUGCUUUCGCCUAUGCUGGGCACAACGUCGUGUUGGAGAUCCAAGCCACGAUCCCGUCCACGCCAGGGAAGCCAUCCAAGGUCCCGAUGUGGAGAGGAGUCAUCUUCGCAUACAUCAUUGUGGCUCUCUGCUACUUCCCGGUCGCCUUAAUCGGGUACUGGAUGUACGGGAACUCGAUUGAUGACGACAUCCUCGUCUCGUUGCAAAAGCCCGCUUGGCUCAUUGCUAUGGCCAAUAUGUUUGUAGUUGUCCAUGUGAUUGGCAGCUAUCAGGUCUAUGCAAUGCCGGUGUUCGACAUGAUAGAAACUGCACUUGUGAAAAAAUUGCACUUCAAGCCCACUAGAACGCUUCGGUUUGUUUAUCGCAAUGUCUAUGUUGCGUUCACGAUGUUCUUUGCCAUUACCUUCCCCUUCUUCAGUGGUCUUCUUUCGUUCUUCGGAGGAUUCGCUUUUGCUCCUACCACAUACUUUCUUCCCUGCAUAAUGUGGCUGGCGAUUUACAAGCCGAGGAAGUACAGCUUGUCGUGGUGGACAAACUGGAUAUGCAUUGUAAUUGGAGUUCUCUUGAUGGUCUUAGCGCCUAUUGGAGCAUUGAGGACGAUCAUACUCGAGGCUAAGACCUACUCAUUCUACUCUUAGAUUCUACACUUACAUACCAGCUUACAAGGGAGGGCGCUCGCGGCCAUGCAGAUCCUUGAGAAAUUAUGGAUGGAGAUAAACACAACGGCGAGUUAGUUGCAAAUUGUCAUCGGCCGAACAGAACCUGUACCAUGUUUCCACGGAGCCGCCAACAGGAUCUUUGUAGUGUAAACGCACAGGAUUUUUAUUGAGUGUGUAUGUCAACCUUUUCUUGUCUCAAGCUUGUUUGUUUCAGUGCUAGCAUAGAGGAAAAAAGAUGUAUCCAGUGUGAUUCUUUUCAAUUUUGAAGUGUGUUACUUACCCAGAAACAAAAGGUUCAUUCUUGAUUGAAGUAAAGGGCCAACUUCAACAGCA